AUGGACAGUGCUGAUGAGUUUUUCUUUCACAAUUUCAUUUGCUCAUCUGAUGAUUCAUCCUCAGAUGAUGAAGAGCCGGCGGCUGCGUUGGUCGUGCAUGAAUACAUCACUAGGAAGCGGCCUUGGUACAGGGGAUCAAUCCCCGGCCAUGCUCUGGCCUUGGACCGCAAUAGAGAGAAAGGCCACACCCUUCUCUAUGUCGAUUACUUUAAGGAUGGUUCACUCUUUAAGGCACAUCAAUUUCUUCGCCAAUUCCGAAUGAGAAGGCAUGUGUUCAAUCAUAUUCGCAAGGGAGUGGUCAUGUAUGACCCAUACUUUGAGUGCAAAGUGGAUGCCGUAGGCAAGCUUGGUUUCUCUUCAUACCAGAAAUGCACCGCGGCUAUGCGCAUACUUGCAUAUGGAAUUCCUGGUGAUCUUGUGGAUGAGUAUGUUCAUAUGAGUGAGUCCACGUGUCUCCUCUCAUUGUACAGUUUUUGCACGGCCGUGGUGGAAGUUUUCGGCCCGGAGUACCUCAGAGAGCCAAAUGCCGCUGAUACAGAGAGGUUGUUGGCGAUCAAUGCCGAGAGGGGCUUUCCGGGCAUGCUUGGUAGUAUAGAUUGUAUGCACUGGAAGUGGAAGAACAGUCCAUUUGCUUGGCAUGGGCAAUACAAGGGGCAUGUGAAAGAUGCCACUGUUAUACUUGAAGCUGUGGCUUCACAAGAUCUCUGGAUAUGA